AUGAGGCUUUCAUCCGUGGUGGGCGCGGUGCUCGCGCUGUGCGUCGGAGUCUUCGGGGCAGAGUCGAAUCUCACCGAACGUCGAACCACGCAAACGAUAUUAGCAGGCGACUUCAAACCUCCCCCAGUAUUCGAGAACACCAACCUCGUCCGGACCAUCAACCUCGAGAAGGGCUACGUGCGAGAGACCACCAAUGUGCUGGUCACCAACACGGACAAGUCGCCCCAGUCGGACUACUAUAUUCCCUUUGAAUAUGACCUGAUGGGCAAGAUUGGCGGGUUCGACGCCCGGGACAAGAAGACGCCAGAAUUUCCAUUGAAGACCACCAUUGCGGCGCUGUCUGCGGUGUUGGACGAUCAAGGCGGAACCUCAAGACCUACUCAAUACUAUGUCAUCCACCUCGCGGAACCGCUGCCACCCAAAAGCACCGUCACUCUCUCAAUUUCGUGGAACGUGCUGGGUGUUCUGACGCCUUUGCCCGCCUCUAUCAGACAGGAAGACAAGCAAUACCUCGUCUACAAUUUCUCCGCCUACGUGCCCUCCGUCUACAAGACCGUCAAACAGAAAACAAAAGUCAAGUUCCCGUCCGCAGACGUCCCCGAAUACACCACCACCAGCGGCUUGACGUCGGCCACCGACCCAGAAAAGCAAGGGACGUCGUUCACAUAUGGUCCAUACGAUACGGCCAAGGUCGAGCCAGGCACAACCUAUCCGGUGACUGUGCGCUACGAAUUCAACAAGCCCCUCCUUGUCUGCAGCCUUCUCGAACGAGACGUCGAAGUGUCCCACUGGGGAGGUAAUUUGGCGACCGAAGAAAGAUACUGGCUGCGCCACGACGGUGCUACACUUGCGAACCAAUUCUCUCGCCUGGCAUGGAGCACGCAAAACUUCUACAUCAACGCCGGGCAGGGGUCUACCUCCGCCGUGAGGGAACUGAAGGUCCCGCUGAAACCAGGCACGGCCGACCCGUAUUUCACCGACGACAUUGGAAAUGUCUCGACAUCGCGUUUCAGACCCAACAACGUCCGUGAAGCAAGCCUGGAACUCAAGCCUCGCUAUCCCAUCUUCGGUGGAUGGAAGUAUAGUUUCCGCAUUGGCUGGAACAAUGCGCUCUCUUCUGCCCUCCGCCAGCUCAAGACUCAAUCCGACACCUACAUCCUGUCCGUCCCACUCUUGGAAGGCCCCAAGAUGCCGGAGGGGAUUCAAUACGAGCAGCUCGUUUUCCGGGUCAUUCUGCCCGAAGGUGCUAAGAACGUCAAGUGGCAGGCUCACGGCGGUACGGGCGUUCCGCCUCUGCACGCCGAGUAUGAUCUUCACAAGACGUUCCUGGACACUUUGGGGAGGACGGAGUUGAAGCUGACGGCCUACAAUGUUGUCGACGAAGCGAGAGACGUGACCAUCCUGGUGACGUACGAAUACCCGUUCCUGGCCGCCUUCCGCAAACCCAUGACCAUCUUCGCGGGAUUGGCUGUGGUGUAUGUGCUCGCGUGGUUUGUGGGCAGUGUGGACACGAGUAUUGGCAAGACGAAGACGAGGUGA